UGAAACCGUCCGCAUCCGCGUCAACCCUUGACCAAAUCUCUCCUUAUCAAUCAAUACCUAUUUAUUAUCUCCCCCAUCGCCAAUCUUCAUCGCCAACCUCACAUGCACCAAAUGGCUCGCUCGAAGAAGAAGAAUCCAUACGCGUCUCGCGGCCUGGACAAGUUUUCUUCCGUUGUGUCGGCGCUCCAGGCGAAGAAGAAGAAGAUCAUGUCCGGCGCGGGCUCCAACGGUAUCGCUUCGGUCCGUUUCAUGUGUUCCGAUUCUUGUGAUUGGACUCCGGUCGUCGUUCGGCGGAGGGAGGAGGAGGAAGAGGGUAAGAGGAGCGGGGAAGGAGGAGAUUUGCCGCCGCCGUCGCAGCAGAAGAGGGAGAAGAUGGAGAAGAAGGAGAUUAGGUGGUGGAGAUGGAGGCCUUCGUAUUAUAUGAUGGGGGUGGUGCUUCUGAUUUUGCUCUGUUUUGUUGUUUCGGGGAGGGGGUUUGCGAUUUGCUGCGUGAGCGUGUGCUGGUAUUUGUUGCCGGUGUUGAGGGGGGAGGAGAGUGGGGAGAGGAGGAGGGGGAGGUGGAGGUGA